GUGCACCUCCGUCUGCGGGUUUGGGAUACCCGGUGCACGGUUCUUUCCUCCGUUUACACCCCACGCCCAUGCCUGCGCUUCUGUCCUGUCGCACGCAGGCGCAAUGCCGCCACCAGUGUCAAACAUGGCUGUCCUCUUAGGAAGACUAAAAUGCUGAAUUGUCCCGAUAGAUGCCGUGAGAAAGGGACGCGAUCAUGGCGAGGCUGGCCGAUUAUUUGAUCGUCGUGGGAUACGAUCAUGAGAAGGCGGGACCUGGAGAAGGACGUGGGAAGAUUCUGCAGCGCUUCCCAGAAAAGGACUGGGAUGGCACGCCCUGCCCUCAGGGACUGGAAAUGUUCUGCCAACCCAGUGGCUGGAGGCUCUCCCGUGAGAGGAAGCAGCCCACCUUCUUCACCACGGUGCUGACCGACAGCGACUCCGACCGCCACUACUGCUCCUGCCUGACCUUCUAUGAGGCCGACGUAAACCUUCAGGGAAGAAAGGCCAUGUCCUCAGCGGACCAGGAGGACGAGGAGCCAGAGGAAAACGGUUUAAUCCAGCCGGCCGCGCUGUUUGCGCCCAAAAGCCUUGUCCUUGUCUCCCGGCUGGAUUUCCCUGAAGUAUUUAGGGGCUGCUUGGGCCUCCUGUACACUGUCUACAUCGACAGCCUUGGCCCUCCACUGGAGGCGCUGGUGGCCUCCCUCCUCACGUGCCUUGUCCCCCUGGCCGCUGGGUCCCAGAAACUCUUCUCCCUGGGGGCGGGAGACCGGCAGCUGAUCCAGACGCCACAGAACUGCAACUUGCCGGUCAGCGGUAGGACUGUCAGUCUGCUCUUCCAGCAGCUAGGGAUCCAGAAUGUUCUCUGCCUCUUUUCCGCUGUCCUGACGGAACACCGGGUUCUGUUUCACUCCACCAGCUCCCAGCGCCUUAGCGACGCCUGUAGGGCUCUGGAGUCCCUCAUGUUCCCACUCAAGUACAGUUACCCCUACAUUCCCAUUCUCCCUUCCUGCCUGCUGGAGAUGCUAAGCUCACCGACCCCCUUCAUCAUUGGGGUGCACUCCGUCUUCCAGAGUGAGAUACAGGACCUGCUGGAUGUCAUCAUUGCUGACCUGGAUGGAGGGACGAUCAAGAUCCCAGAGUGCAUCCACUUGUCCCACCUCCCUGAGCCCCUGCUGAAUCAGACCCAGUCGGCCCUGUCGAUGGUUCUGCACCCAGACCUCGAGAUGGCUGAUAAGGCCUUCCCCCCACCCCCGGCGGCCUCCUCCAAUAUGAAACUUCUGGACAAGGAGGUACGUGCUGUGUUCCUCAGACUGUUUGCGCAGCUCUUCCAGGGCUACAGGUCCUGCCUGCAGCUCACCCGCAUCCACGCUGAGCCGGUCAUCCACUUCCACAAGACAGCCUUCCUGUGCCAAAGGGGCUUGAUCGAGAAUGAUCUACUCACCAAAGUGCUUGAUAGCAUGGCCUUCAGUGGCUUCAUUUCAGAGAGGGGCUCCCCCUACAGGGCUUGCGACAUUUUUGAUGAGCUGGUCGCCUUUGACUUUGAGCGGUUUAAGGAGGAUGAGGAGAGCCCAGUUAAGCUUCAGAAGCACAUCCGUGAACUUGCUGAGCAUCUGUACAAGAACGAGAACCCCAGCCCCCAUACAGCUUUCCAGAAGGUUCCGCGACCCUCCGAGGGAUCACACUUGCGGGUUCACGUAGUUCCCUUCCCUAGGCUGGACCCAGAGCGUGUUGAGGCCUUUCUACAGCAGGGAUUGGUUAAGAACCAAGGAGCCCCUGUUCCCUGUAGUCGUCCUAUGAGGAAGUGCGUGGUUCCUGCUGGCCAACCUGUGGUGCCAAUCCUUGGCAAGGUGGGUUCUGUCUUCAACAGUGCCCGAAGACUGGAGGUGGUAAGAACCUGCAUUGUGUCCAUCUUCGACAACAAGACUCUGGAGACGGAGAAGAUCCUUCCUGCAGCUCUCCGUGCCCUAAAGGGUAAGGUGGCUUGCCAGUGCCUGACUGAUGAGCUGGGCCAACAUGUACAGCAGAACCGGGUCAUCCUGGACCACCAGCAGUUCGACUAUGUUGUGCGCAUGAUGAACUGUGCUUUGCAGGACUGUUCCAGCUCGGAGGAGUUCAGUGUUGCCGCGGCGCUGUUGCCCUUGACGACCGCCUUUUACCGGAAACUGGCGCCAGGGGUGAACCAGUUCGCCUACACUUGUGUACAAGAUCAUCCCAUUUGGACAAACCAGCAGUUCUGGGAGGCCACCUUCUACCAUGAAGUCCAGAAUCAAAUCCGUGCCCUCUAUCUUAAUUCACCUGAGGAGAAGCCGGGCAUGAUGUCCAAGACGAAGAAUGGGGGUUCCUCUGUCCCAGCUGCAAGCGCUGACUCGGAGCCCACUGCCAUGGACCUGGCGGCAGAACAACUGCGUGCCUGGCCAAGCCUCAGCAAGGAGAAACAGCAGGAACUGGUCAAGAAUGAGGAGAGCACAGUCUUCAGCCAGGCCAUACACUAUGCCAGCCUCAUGGUCUACCUGUUGGUGCCUUUGGAUGCCAGCAAGAACAAGCUGCUGCGCUCUGGGCCCGGAGCUGAUUGGGAGAGUGGCAGCAAUAGCAUCAUCACCAACAGCAUCGCGGGCAGCGUGGCGGACAGCUUCGACGCAGAGAGCGGCUUCGAGGACGCGGAGGGCAGCGACACCGCCAACGCCGUCACACGCUUCGUGGCCCGCUUCGUGGACAAAGUGUGCACAGAGAGCUCCGUCACGCAGGAGCACAUCAAGACCCUGCACAGCAUGAUCCCAGGAAUUGUGGCCAUGCAGAUGGAGGCCGUGGAGGCUGUCCACGGGGAAAGCAGGAGACUUCCCCCCAUCCAGAAGCCCAAGAUCCUUAAGCCAAUGUUGCUUCCGGGGGAGGAGUUUGUGUCGGAGGGUCUGCGUGCAGUGCUGGACCCCGAUGGACGGGAAGGGGCCUUGGGGGGUCCACACAUCCUGCCUGCUGAGGGGGCGCUUUUCCUCACCAGCUACCGUGUCAUCUUCAAGGGUAGCCCUCACGACCCGCUUGUGGGAGAGCAGGUGGUCAUCAGGAGCUUCCCCAUCUCCACCCUGACCAAGGAGAAGAAGAUCACCGUCCAAAACCAGCUGCAGCAGAACAUGCAAGAGGGCCUGCAGAUGCGGUCCGCCUCAUUCCAGCUGAUCAAGGUGGCCUUUGAUGAGGAGGUGAGCUCCGAGAUGGUGGAGAUCUUCAAAAAGCACCUUCAGCACAUGCGAUUCCCACAGUCUAUCUUCAGCACCUUCGCCUUUGCUGCUGGCCAGGCCACACCUCAGCUCCCCACCAAGCAUAAGGAGAGGAACACGGGUUUUCGCACUAUUUCGAAGACCAUUGUGAAAGGAGCCAAGAAGGCCGGAAAGAUAACCAUCGGCCGUCAGAGUGUGAUCAGGCGAAACGAGCGAGGGAGCCGGUCGACGUGGAACGAGGACGAUGACGUCUCAGUGUCAGACGAUGGGGAGAUGCCCUCAGCCACAACGCUGAGGGCCUCGGAGAAGUCCACCAUGGAGGAGCUGGUAGAGCACGCCUGCUUCCGGGACUACCAGCGCCUGGGCCUUGGCACCAUCACCGGCAGCUCGACACGCUCCAAGAGUGGCGAGCAAUUCCGCACCACUGCUGUCAACAGGAUGUACUCGCUCUGUCGCAGCUACCCCGCACUGCUCGUGGUGCCGCAGUCCGUGCCGGACAGCAGUCUGCAGAAGGUGGCCCGCUGUUACCGCCACAACCGGCUGCCCGUGGUGAGCUGGAAACACCCUCAGACCAAGGCCCUGCUAAUGCGCUCCGGCGGCUUCCACGGCAAGGGUGUGGUCAGCCUCUUCAAGUCCCAGAACUCCUCCUCCGCAGUGCCAGCCUCAUCAUCUGAGUCCUCCAGCCUAGAACAGGAGAAGUACCUCCAGGCCAUCCUGAGCGCCAUCCCGAAUCAGCCGAAAGCGAGUGGUCACAGCAUCCUGAGUGCACGCUCCCUGGCUGGUCUUUCCCCAGCCAGUGAGAGGCGGGUGACAAGAAUACCCAAGGUCACCCCCGUUCACCUGGAGGCCCCAUUCUCCAACAGCUUUGCCAAAGGCGUGCUUGGAUACAAGGACAAACUAUUCACUCACUCCAACCUGAAAGCAGCUUCGAAAGGGAGAAUCCACAACCAGGGUGUUUGGUCCAGCCUUCGCUCUAGCAACAGGAUCAGCCUGCACCCGACCACAGUCGAGGUUGGUGCCAGGCUUGCCGGGAAGGACUGUUUGCAUGGGCCGCUCCCCUCCCAGGCACGCCUCCCAAGCCGCCAGGCAUCUCUCUACGUGUUCGGGGAGAAAUCGCACCUCAAGGGCUUCAAACCAGACACGGCCCUGGGCUGUGAGUUGGUUCCGGUUGAUCUGGCGGACACGCGGCAGGUAAAAGCUUCCUUCAAGAAGCUUCUGCGGGCUUGCCUUCCCAGUUCUCCACCCUCUGACAGCCCUGAAGGAUUCCUUAAGACACUAGAGGAGUCAGAGUGGUUUACCCAGCUCCACCGGAUCUUGCAGCUGACUUUGGCUGUGGUGACCCUACUAGAUAUCGGCUCAUCAGUGCUGCUGAGUCUGGAAGAUGGCUGGGACCUCACCACCCAGGUGGUAUCCCUGGCACAGCUGUUCAGUGACCCCUUCUACCGAACCCUGGAGGGUUUCCAGACACUACUGGAGAAGGAAUGGCUGUCCUUUGGACACAAAUUCAGCCAACGGAGCAACCUGGCCCCCAAUACCCAAGGCAGCGGCUUCACGCCCAUCUUCCUGCAAUUUCUGGACUGCGUACACCAGAUCCACCACCAGUACCCCUGGGAGUUUGAGUUCAACCAGUAUUACCUGAAGUUCCUAGCAUAUCACCACGUUUCCAGCCGCUUCAAGAACUUCCUCCUGGAUUCUGAUUAUGAGCGGCUGGAGCACGGGACACUGUUGGAGGACAAAGGAGCCAAACAGGCUAAGACUGGGAUCUGCAUCUGGGACUGCAUCUCCCGGAUUCACCGGAGAUCCCCCGUGUUCUUUAACUACCUGUACAGCCCCAAGCAGACUGAGCCAGUGCUCAGGCCCUGUGUGGGCAUCCCCAGCCUCAUCCGCUGGGAGUACUUUAUGGGGGAGACCUUGUCCACGGGGCCAUCCUACGACUGGAGGAUGGCGGCUCACAGUCCGGAAGGUGAUGCCCAGACCGACAACACACUGGCGGCCAGUGGGGGGCGCAGAAGGAUCGUGUGGCCCUGCUACAGCAGCGUGAGCCGGGCCCAGCCAGACGCCAUCACCAGGCUGCUGGCAGAAGUGGAGAAGCUGGAGCACCGGCUGAACCAGGUGCCAGAGCGCUGGCAGAGUACGCUGGAGAGGGCAAAGGUGGCCGCCAUGGACGAACUGCGUGAGGAAAGCAGGAUCCGUAAGGCAUCCCUCCCCAUCUCGGGCCUGGCCUCCGCCUCUGCCCCACCCACCUCCCAGCACUGCCCCCUGCUGCACCUAGCUGAUGACAACCUGGCCGAGGAUGGGGAGCACUCCGCCUCCAACGGGGUACACCGCCGGGCAGCCACACUCUACAGCCAGUUCACCCCCAGGACCGAGGAGAACCGGUCAUACGAGGGCGUCCUCUUCAAACGUGGGGCCCUGCUGAAGGGCUGGAAGCCACGGUGGUUUGUGUUGGACGUCACUAAGCAUCAGAUGCGGUAUUACGACACGGGUGAGGACACGACCUGCAGGGGCCACAUUGACCUGGCAGAGGUGGAGUCUGUCCUGAUGGCCACGCCCACGAUGGGAGCACCCAAGCACAUCAGCGAGAAGGCCUUCUUCGACCUAAAGACCACCAGGCGGACCUACAACUUCUGCGCCGCGGAUGCAGCGAGCGCCCAGCAGUGGGUGGACCGCAUUCAGACGUGCAUCUCGGACGCAUAACACCCCCUGCCGUCAGAGCGCUGGAGGAAGCACUGGUGCCCCCCAGUGCAGAUGGGUGGAUGGCGCAGGCUGCUACUCGUUCUAUAUGACUGAAUACAAAGGGGACAGAGACCAGUAUUAGCUAUUAGCUAUCACCUGCUGCCUGCAGAUGCAAUAAGAAUGAAGCAGCUGGUUGAAAAUGCACUAAACAACAAUGUGGUUAUUUGCACUUAAACGUAACAUAUGCAUCCCUUAUAAUAACACCAGCAAGACCAAGCUAUAUCGUUUGAUUAAACAUCUAUAUGACCAUUCAGGGCAGAGUUAUAAUUUGCACACUAAAGCUCAGCAUAUCGCUUUAAUUCCAUAACUACUACCCAAGAAAAAAAAAAUGCAAAUUCCACAUUAACCCUUAGCAGCUCAACUUUGAAGUGGUGAUUUGUUUACAUACUGUGUUGUCUCUUAUGUGUGUCAGGGCUCAGUGAAGAGUUUUCAUGUUUUUUGGAACCACGUAUGUAAAUAUCCUGUACUGGAGCAUUUUAUACUUUUUACAUACGUGUAACGAAGCAUUUAUUUUUACAUAACUGUAGCUGAAAGGAGACUGACUACUUUUUAACGCCUUAUGCCGACACUCACUCACUGAGAGCCACGCAGGCUUGUUUUCCUCCAAAAUCAAAGCCCGAUCUUUCCCCGUAACCUUUCUCAUAAUGUACGCAGCCGGCCCGUAACUGGGUGAAAUGAUUUAUCACGCUUCCAGUUCUUACGCCCUUUCAGUGACAGUACUGACAUAAUCUGGAUAUCGCGUCAGAAGUCCUCGAAGUGCCUGAACUCCCCGCUUCAGGCUGUGUUGUUAGUGGAAGGUGUUGUAAAAUUUAAAAAGAAAAUAUAGCGACAGACUUCAGUCAUGUGGGCCUGACAGCCUGUCAUUGCUCUAAAACAGCCACCUCUUUUGCCAAAAAAUGAGACUAUUAAAUAAACCAGUUCUGUUCUC